CUGCAGAACAAAUUCAUCUGUCAUUUAGUAUUUGUAACCACGUGUGAUUGAUAGAUAAUUGAAUUAUAAUUAGAAAAAAUGGCUAAAAUAAAAAGCGCAGAAACUCUUUCUUUAGAUACGAGUAAGCAGAAAAAAGUAUCUAAACAGACCAAAAAGCUGAAGAAACUAAUUGAGGAUGGGUCAGUAUCUAUUAGAGAAGAGCGAAAAAUAAAAAAAGUGACAGCAGAGCAGAAGAGAGGUUUGUUGUUUAUUUCUCACCUACCUCAUGGAUUUUAUGAAAAUGAAAUGAAGAAGUAUUUUCAACAAUUCGGGAACGUUACAAACGUUAAGGUUUGCCGAUCCAAAAGAACAGGAAACAGCAAAGGUUUUGGUUACGUCGAGUUUUCUAAUCCAGAUGUUGCUAAAAUUGCAGCAGAAACCAUGAACAACUAUUUAAUGUUCAAAAAAAGGAUAACUACUGAGUAUAUACCUUUCGAGAAGCGACCAAAAUGCUUAUUUGUUGGUAAAAGUUGUACUCCAACAAGAUAUUCUUCAAAGGUGAGACGUUCCAAACAAUAUGAGGCCAACCUCAAAGUUGACGAAAAAGUUCAGUUGCGAAGAAGUAGUUCAAGAUUGUCCAAACUGAAUAAAAAGUUGAAGAGGUUGCAGGAUUUAGGUAUUAAAACGACUUUUAAACCUACAGACCUAACCAAGAAAAAGAAGACAUAACAUCUGAUGGCGCCCCCAACCACAGAAAGGUGUCCUAGGAUUAUAAAUUUGUGACGUAUUCAAUGAGAGAUUUACACGUGAAAGUUUACAAAACCGCAACAUGUGUUUCGCUAUACAGUAGCAUCUUUGGGCGUUAGAAUACUCUGUAUUGUGACUCAUGAAGGUGCUAUUGUAGAGCAAAACACGUGUUGCUGUAUUGUAAACUUUCAACUAAAACUCUCAUAUUGAAGUGUGUUAUUUGAAUACAUUUCAAUGAAUUUUCAUCAAGUUCAGUUAGUUCUAUCAUAUACAUUUGUAAUAUAUCCUUUUUAUUUUUAA